AAUUCGAAAAAUGUUUAGAUUGUUUGAUUCGAAUUAUUAAUAGAUGAAUCAAAUUAUUGAAGAAAGUGGAAAUGUUUUAUGGCUUGGUGAUUUUACUGCAGCAUUAGAUAGAACUCUUCUUGAUUCAAAAGGUAUUAAAACAGUGUUAACAGUUGCAACUGGUUUAGACAUUUCGUAUAGAGAGGCUGGAAUAACUCAUAAGGUAGUAUAUAGAAUCAAAAAUAGGUUUAUCAUAUCCUAGAUUCAGAAACAGCAAAUAUUGGUAGAUUAUUUUAAGACACCAACACUUAAAUAAUUGAGGGUUUGAAAAAAGGAUCUGUUUUAGUGCAUUGUGCUGCAGGCGUUUCAAGAUCUGCUUCUGUAGUGAUAGCAUAUUUAAUGAAAACGAAAGGAUUCGGCUUUUCUGAGGCUUUUAAUUUUGUAAAGAAGAGAAGAAGUGUUAUUUAACCUAAUUAUGGAUUCAUUAAAUAAUUAAGAAAUUAUGAAAAGGAAGUAAAGAUAGUAAAAAAAGAAUAACAUUAACUUAAAAUAAGUGAAAAUCCAUAAGAUGGAAAGGGUUGGCAAAUAAUGAAGACUUAAGAAAAAAAAACAGCUGAUUUAAACAUAGUUGGCUAAUAAGCUGUUUAAUAAAGAUAACCAAGUUUAUUAGUUUAACCAAAAAUAACAACUUCAAAUUCUACAAGAGCUAAUUCAACUUUGAAUUCUAAAAAAUUAUUUGAACCAUAGAAGACUUACCAAGGGCCUUAGAUUGUAACCUAUGCAAAAAAUAAUAAAUUAGUUACCAAAAAUCAUUUUGCAAUGCCUGAAAUUAAAUAAAAGAAUCAAAAAUGAAUGGCAU